CGCGCCGCCGCCUCCAUCUCCUCAGCGGAACGGGGAUGCAGGGCGGCGGCCCCAGCGCGCAGGCGCCAGCGGCUCUUCCGGGUGCGGCGCCAAUGACAACGGAGCGCACGUACCACGGCCACGCCCCCGGGAGCACGCGCGGCGGCCCCUCCCGCCUCAGGAAAGGCUCCACCAUUCCCACCUCAGGAAAGCCCCGCAACCCCCGCCUCAGGCACCGCUACAUCAUUCCCACUUCAGGAAAGCCCCGCAAUCCCCGCCUCAGGCACAGCUACGCCAUUCCCACUUCAGGAAAGCCAGCAAUCCCCGCCUCAGGCACCGCCCCGCUCCUCUCGCCUCAGCCAAAGCCCCGCAAACCCCGCCUCAGGCACCGCCUGCCAUUCUCGCCUCAGGGGAACCCCGCAAUCCCCGCCUCGGACACAGCUACGCCAUUCCCGCUUCACGCACCGCCCGGGCCCUCCCGCCUCAGCCAAAGCCCCCACCAUUCCCGCCUCAGGCACCGCCCCGCCAUUCCCGCCUCACGCACCGCCUCCUCGUCCCCGCCUCGGCGAAAGCCCGGCAAUGCCCGCCUCAGGCACAGUCCCGCCCCUCCCGCCUCAGGCACCGUCUUGUAAGGUGGCCUCUUGAGGUAAAGACGCUGGACACAGAGUAUUUCUGCUUGUCCCUCUGUUUUGGGGGUAGGUGAUGUUUGUUGUGGAUUCCCCAGUGCUGGUGGCUGACAUUCCCUCCUGGGCGCUGCUGGCUGCUGCUUCCUGCCAGGAGAAUCUCCUGGAUGCUGCUAGUGUGAAAUCUGUUCAGCAAGAGAAUUCAGCAUUUGAGGAUUGCCUAGAAAUUUCCACGUGAAAACAGUACAAAGAGAAGAAUGAAGAACUGAGUAAUAAGCAGCAGUCUGAACACAGAAAAUAAGCUGACCCUUAUGUUCUCUAGCAGCUGUACGGUAAGUAGGGCUAAUGAUUCUCUUAAGUAAUCUAACUAGCUUUCUUCUAAGAAGUCACAGGACAGAAGCAAGAGAAAACACAUGGCAUUCAGAAGACUUUAAUACUGCUUUAAUACUGCUUAAAGACAAAACAUGAUAUACAGAGAAACCCCUUAACCUAGUACAAAAAUACUGUGCCCAGAAAUGAUAUAUUUGUUCAGGUAUUUUUAAAAGAUAGAAGAAUACAAAUGGACAAACUCAGUGACUAGUGACUGUGAUUAAGGUUUUUAUUAAACUAUAAUAAGAAUGUAUGUUAAAACUAUUUACAGUGCAUUUCAAACUACAUUCUUUAAGAGACACGUGCAGGUGUCCGCCAUGUGAAUACAAAGAGGACUCAAAUUCUAACUUCAGUUACAUCUGUAAGGUACCUUGGGCAUUGGUGGGAAUAGCUGAACCAGCAAAGAGCAGCUGAGGCAGCUGUCACCAAGGAUAAGGGUUUGGUCCCUCUUUACAGGUAAGAAAAGAUGGAUUUGACCCAUUCUUUCACUUUCUAUACAGCUCAACCCAGCUCCCCUGAGGUAAAUGGGAAUCACACUAUCGACUUCAGGUGGGCAUCUGAGCAUGUGUGAGGCCCUGGCAUGCCAAGCUUGUGCUGUGGGAGUUAGUGGGAACCAGGAAUUACAGAGCAUUGUCGCAUAAAUACACAUUUACAAACACUGGUACUCAGAUAUGAGUUUCUCUAUGGAAACAACCUUCCUUAUGUGGAGAAUAAACUUCCAUUCACCUCGCAAUGACCAAGAUGAAAUAUCGUGCUGUCACAAUUUGCUGCAUUUAGCAAGUGUCACUAAUUACCAGGACAGAUUCUGUGGUGUUUCUUCUUCCUGUCAAAGUCCAAACCAAAAAAACACAGCCCUCGUUAUUUAUCAUAUUCUGGCCAAACUUGUUCUGCUAUUCAAGCUUAUGUUUUAAAUUAGUGCAACCCCCUGAAAAAGUGCAGCAGGGAACUGGGAAAUAAAGCUGAAACCUUGUGGAAUGUAAACUGCAUGUGAUUUACCAUGAAGAAAAACCUGCAGCAUCACAGAGAUAAGACUCUGAAUGAAUACUACCAUGUAAAUUUGCUUGAAAUAUGAGGUCUUCAUAAAAACUUUUAAAAACAUGUGAAUUUAUUACAAGCGAGGCAAAUUUUUUUCCAUAAAAAGUCUUUGCUAUGUUCUUAUGCAUGACUGGAAGGGACAAGCAGCUGGAUCACUCAUCUAAUUUUAGGGGCCUAGACCUGAUUCUUCAUUAUCUUUCUUUAUAAUGGGUUAGAAAAUCAGUUACUUGCUAAUUUUAACUAAUUCAUACAUAAGGUUUGUCAAGUGCCUUGAACUUGUCAGUUCAUACCACUAGCAGGUAAAAUGUAUUGGGUUGGAAUUCAAAAAAUGCAUGUAAUUGUCAGGGGGUGAUGCAUAUAAAGAGGCUUUGGUCCUUUCUUCUGAGGAGAAAUCAGCUGAUCAUCAGUGAAAUUAAUUGUUUUCUUUUAUCAGUAGCUCACUUGUGUAUGUGCACAGUGAAGAUAUGAAUAAUCUGCUCUUAACUGUAAACUGCUUCUAAUUAAAAAUUCACACCAUCUCCAAAGUAAGCAUUACAUUA